CUCCCUUUCUUUCUAUAUACUUCUCCCAGUCUUCACCGCUAAUUUGCUUAUAGCUUCUUCUCUUCCUUUCCUCCCAUAGCUGUAUCCAUCUCUCUGCAACAUCCAAAAUUUAGCUGCCAACAUGAAGCUCCCAUCAUGGAUACUCACCUGCUCCAACCCUAGCGAUGCCUCAACCACUCCGUUUCCCAAACAUCUUCCCCACUCUUCUCCCGGUCCGGCAUCAUCAUCUUCUUCAACUUCUUCCAGCGACACUAGUUGCAGUAGCCUCCAAUCCAACCUUUCUCUCCAGACUCUUCCCUCUGUCCCUUCUCUUCAAAACAUCUUCCCCGACCCAGCACAACUCUCCGUUUCUCAUCUCUGCCUCACCUCUCUCCACCCUCGACCCAAGCUUCCCAUCACCUGCCUAACUAUCCACGCUAAUUUCCUCUACGCGGCUUCCGCCCACGAAAUCAACGUCUACGAUCCAACCUCUUGCCAUCAUCUCGAUGCAAUCAACGCCCAAGAUUCCUCCUCCGGCUCUGUAAAAGCAGUCGCUUUCUGCAACGGCAAGAUUUUCACUGCUCACCAGGACUGCAAGAUCCGAGUCUGGCAGAUGUCUUUCGCUACGAAACGCCACAGGCUGUUAACGACUCUUCCCACUGUUAACGACCGUUUGCGCCGUUUCAUACUUCCUAAGAACUACGUCCACGUCCGCCGCCACAAGAAACAGCUCUGGAUCGAGCAUGCAGAUGCCGUCACGGCGCUAGCAGUUAAUAACGGUUUGAUUUACUCCGUUUCAUGGGACAAAAGCUUAAAAAUAUGGCGGGCAUCUGAUCUCCGUUGUUUAGAGUCUGUUAAAGCACACGAUGACGCCAUAAACGCUGUCGCCGUCUCCGCUGAAGGCGUUGUUUACACUGGAUCCGCUGAUCGGAGAAUCCGGGUAUGGGCCAAGCCGUUUAGCGAGAAUCGCCACGCCUUAGUAGCGAGUUUGGAGAAACAUAAAUCAGCAGUCAAUGCGCUUGCCUUAAACGACGACGGAUCGGUGCUGUUCUCCGGCGCAUGUGACCGUUCGAUCUUGGUUUGGGAAAGAGAAGACAGCGCUAAUCACAUGGCCGUGACGGGGGCACUGCGAGGUCACGAUAAGGCGAUAUUAAGCUUGGUCAACGUCUCUGAUAUACUCCUGAGUGGGUCAUCAGAUUGUACGGUGAGGAUAUGGCAACGCGGAAUAGAAGGGAAGUACUGUUGCUUGGCAGUUUUGGAGGGUCACCAGAGGCCAGUGAGGUCGUUGGCGGCAGUUAGAAGAGGAGAGUCAAACGGUGUGGUUUCAGUGAUGAGUGGAAGUCUGGAUGGUGAGAUUAAGGUAUGGGAGGUCUCGGUUUCGAAACCUGAGAGUCCCUUGUCAAAACAUGUAUUAAAAUGGAGGCAAUAAAGAUAAUAGAAAGUGGGUUUUAAGGAUUUGGGAUCGUUGGAUAUGAUUUUUUGAUGUUUUGCCUACCACUUGUUUAUUAAUUCGUUGUCUCUAGUUGAUUAAAGGAUUGUUUGGCACGAAAUUUCGUCCAAGUCAUCGGGUAGGCGAAAUUGCUUUGCCAUUAAACUUUUUUGUUUAUUGUGUACAUUUCGUAUGUAUUCAUUCCAAAUGUGGUGCAUUUUAGCACCUGCA